AUGAGUGGACGAUGGGGCUCACAUCACAUGUCUGUGUUGGUCUCUUUGAUGGUAUUGUGGCAGACAUGGUAAGUGUUAUAUCUGUAUGCCAAUUCUACAAGCACCUUCAAAGAUAUUACAACAUUCACCAAGAUCCUGGACAGUCUGCUGGAUGGAUAUGACAACAGGCUGAGACCAGGUCUGGGAGACAGAGUGACGGAAGUCAAGACUGACAUCUAUGUGACCAGUUUCGGUCCAGUGUCUGACACAGACAUGGAGUACACUGUGGAUGUUUUCUUCCGGCAGAGUUGGAAGGACGAGCGAUUAAAAUUCCAUGGUCCAAUGAACAUUCUGCCUCUUAACAACCUCAUGGCCAGUAAAAUCUGGACCCCUGACACCUUCUUCCAUAAUGGCAAGAAGUCUGUGGCACACAACAUGACCAUGCCAAACAAACUGCUGAGGAUCAUGGAGGAUGGAACCUUGCUCUACACCAUGAGGCUAACGGUUCAAGCUGAGUGUCCCAUGCACCUGGAAGACUUCCCUAUGGACUCUCACUCAUGUCCUCUCAAGUUUGGCAGCUAUGCCUACACUAAGACAGAGGUUACUUACAUCUGGACUCGUAAUGCUUCCAAGUCUGUGGAUGUGGCAGAUGAUGGAUCCAGACUCAACCAGUACGACUUGGUGGGCCAAACUGUGGGGAAGGAGACCAUUAAAUCCAGUACUGGUGAAUAUACAGUCAUGACAGCCCACUUCCACCUGAAGAGAAAGAUUGGCUACUUUGUGAUACAGACGUAUCUGCCCUGUAUCAUGACGGUCAUCCUCUCUCAGGUCUCCUUCUGGCUCAACAGAGAGUCUGUGCCAGCCAGGACAGUCUUUGGUGUAACUACAGUACUCACAAUGACCACUCUGAGUAUUAGCGCCCGUAAUUCCCUGCCCAAAGUGGCCUAUGCUACAGCUAUGGACUGGUUCAUCGCUGUCUGCUAUGCCUUUGUCUUCUCUGCGCUCAUUGAAUUUGCCACCGUCAACUACUUCACCAAGCGAGGCUGGGCCUGGGAUGGAAAGAGUGUCGUCAGUGAGAAGAAAAAGGAAGCAUCCAUCAUGAAGAAGAACAAUGCGUAUGCUGUGGCUGUGGCUAACUACGCACCCAACAUCACUAAAGACUCUACGCUGCCCACGAUCUCCAAGUGUGCUCUAAGUGAUCCCAACAAGACGAGCGGUGAGAUCAAACCUGAGCAGAACAAGAAAACCUUCAACAGUGUCAGCAAGAUCGACCGAAUCUCCCGCAUCAUGUUCCCUGUGCUGUUUGGAAGCUUUAACCUCGUCUACUGGGCCACCUACCUGAACAGAGAACCAGUCAUUAAAGAUAUGGAUCCUUCCAAAUGA